CCAGGCCUCGGCUCGCCUUGUGUGGUAACACGCUCCGCUCUGCCGCUGCCACGCUAUUUAAACGCGGGCCAUGGAUCCGGGAACCCGCGCGAAUCAAUGAGAUCAAACGCGAAGGAGAUGCACCGUCAAUUACAAACACUUGGACAAGUCUUCUUCUUUUUUCUUUUGCAAAUACGCUUUCAAAGGCAACCUUAGCAACGCCCAAAUAAGAAGCCAUCUCUCAGCCAAACAGCAUAUGUAUAAAGGAAGGACGAAUAUAUAUUUAUAAUAGUAUAUAUGUAUAUUACAGACGCACAGGUUUACUACACUCGGUGAACUUUUUUUUUUUUUUUUUUAAUGCUAGUGACAUUGCAGAGGAUUCUUCCUAUCUUUCGGCGUUAGUGAAGGGGGCAUUCUGUUUUCUUAGGGCGCCUAAGGGGGCGCAGGGACCUCGGAAAGGAGAGUGGGGAGAAAGGCGGCAGGGCGCGUGGGGGGCGGAGGGCGAGCCGGCGGUGAGGGUGAGCGCCGCGUCGCCGCACCAUGCCGGCCCGGCUGCUGGUGCUCACUUUCUCGGCGCAGGUCCUGCUCUGCUGCGCGCUGCUGGCGGGUGGCGCAGACGGCGGUGAUGGAGGCGGCGGGGGCGCGCGCCCAGGCGGCGGGCGCCGGGAGAGAGAAGCGCUACCGCCGCAGAAGAUCGAGGUGCUGGUGCUGUUGCCCCAGGACGACUCUUACCUGUUCUCGCUGGCUCGCGUGCGGCCGGCCAUCGAGUACGCGCUCCGCAGCGUGGAGGGCAAUGGGACCGGCCUGCGGCUUCUGCCACCCGGCACUCGCUUCCAGGUAGCCUACGAAGACUCAGACUGCGGCAACCGCGCGCUUUUCAGCCUGGUGGACCGCGUGGCGGCGGCGCGGGGCACCAAGCCCGAUCUCAUCCUGGGGCCAGUGUGCGAGUACGCAGCGGCGCCGGUGGCCCGGCUGGCGUCGCACUGGGACCUGCCCAUGCUGUCGGCAGGAGCCCUGGCCGCCGGCUUCCAGCACAAGGACGCCGAGUACUCGCACCUUACGCGCGUGGCGCCUGCCUAUGCCAAGAUGGGCGAGAUGAUGCUUGCCCUGUUCCGCCACCACCAGUGGAGCCGUGCCGUGCUGGUCUACAGCGACGACAAACUAGAGCGCAACUGCUACUUCACUCUCGAGGGGGUCCACGAGGUAUUCCAGGAGGAGGGUUUACACACAUCCGCCUACAGUUUCGACGAGACCAAAGACUUGGACCUGGACGACAUCGUGGGUUACAUCCAGGCUAGUGAACGAGUGGUGAUCAUGUGUGCCAGUGGGGACACCAUCCGGAGCAUCAUGCUGGCAGCACACAGACAUGGCAUGACUGGUGGAGACUAUGCCUUCUUCAACAUUGAACUCUUCAACAGCUCUUCCUACGGAGAUGGCUCGUGGAAGAGAGGGGACAAACAUGACUUUGAAGCUAAGCAAGCGUACUCAUCCCUCCAAACAGUCACCCUACUGAGGUCCGUGAAACCUGAGUUUGAGAAGUUUUCCAUGGAGGUGAAAAGCUCUGUUGAGAAACAAGGGCUCAAUGAGGAGGAUUACGUGAACAUGUUUGUGGAAGGCUUCCACGAUGCCAUCCUCCUCUAUGUCCUGGCUUUGCACGAAGUUCUCAGAGCUGGUUACAGCAAGAAAGAUGGAGGGAAGAUUAUCCAGCAGACUUGGAACAGGACAUUUGAAGGCAUUGCUGGGCAGGUCUCCAUUGACGCCAAUGGGGAUCGGUACGGGGACUUCUCUGUGAUCGCCAUGACUGACGCAGAAGCAGGCACCCAGGAGGUGAUUGGUGAUUAUUUUGGAAAACAAGGUCGAUUUGAAAUGCGGCCAAAUGUCAAAUACCCUUGGGGACCUUUGAAACUGCGAAUAGAUGAAACCAGAAUUGUGGAGCACACCAACAGCUCUCCCUGCAAAUCAUCAGGUGGCCUAGAAGAAUCGGCAGUGACAGGAAUUGUCGUGGGUGCCUUACUAGGUGCUGGCUUGCUCAUGGCCUUCUACUUUUUCAGGAAGAAAUACAGAAUAACCAUUGAGAGGAGAAGCCAGCAAGAAGAAAGUAACAUUGGAAAGCAUCGAGAGUUACGGGAAGAUUCCAUCAGAUCUCACUUUUCCGUGGCUUAAAAGAAGGCUUUUUUCUUUUUUUCCUGCUUGAGAUUCCCUAAGGAGAUAGAUGGCAUAAAAAUCAUCAAUGAAACAGAGGGGGUGCUAUUGAAGAUUUCUUCCUUUAAAGCAGUUAGGCAUUUUAUUUUAAUAUUUCUUUAGAAGCUCAGGAACUCUAAUUAAUUACCAUCUGCCUCCCAGCCUCUCAUCUCAUAUCAAACAAAUACAGGAUAUAAUGUUACUGUGUUCAGUGUUCAUAAUGCUUGAGGGUAUGUAAUUAGAUUUAUAUUUAAAAAAUCUGAUAUUUCCCUAUCUUUGUGGCUUUGGGGGGCCUUUCAUACAAGGAUAUGAAAAAUGUAGUUUUUUUUAAAAUGAAAUGUUUUAUACUUAGAAUAAAAUCAUUUUAACAAGUAGAAUAUUCUCAGAAAGAAUUUAACACCCUAGGAGGAGAAAAUGUGAAGAGAAAUCCCAACGUUGGAAAUUAACAUUGCUCUCGGAAGCUCGUGGGCAGCUCUGUGGCUGGGAAGGGCUCUGUCCAGCGUGUGCACGCGGGACCUUCUCCCUCUCAGUGUCUCAUGAAAGCUACUCUGGAGAGAUGUAAAUAUUAGUGAGAUGGGAGGAUACGUGUAAGAAAAGCAAGUCUGCAAUAUUUGUUUUUGAUGUAAAAAGAAGCCAUAUUUCACACUAACAGUUUCCGUUUAAGUAUUCUAAUCUUAUAUUUUAAUAUCAGAAAAUGUGUCUAUUUUUUCAUUUUGAAGAUUAAAUUUCACUUAUAUUUUAAAAGCAUGGAUAAAAUGUACAACACAAACUCUCAUAUCUUCUCUUUUUCUUAUUUCUGUCUUCCCCUUUGGCUGUAGCCAAAUACCAAUUACUGCUUUAAUUACAGAGAUGUAUAAAAGUGUUCAGAUUAUACACUAUAGGAGUACAUCAAUUUAAAGUGUCUUUAACUGUUUUAAAUGCAAAUUACUUUAGUUUCUAGCCCUUCCAAAUUCUGGUCAAAUGGUGAGUCUCAAGAUAAGGCAUGAAAAGUUAUUAGAAUUCUGCUGAGUUUUAUGAAGGGCGGUAGCUUGUUUUCCUCAAGAACAACUUCAUGGAGAGGGAGAAUUUGACAGUAGGCACAGAAAUAUAAAUUUAAAAAAUAUAUACAAGAUGCUCACCAGAAUUCACAGUGAUGAUUUUGGUUAAAAGAGAGAGUCUAAAUUUCUAAAAUAUAUCCCCUCUCAUUUAUCCCUACAGAGCUUUGUAGUCAGCUGAACUACAGAGUUUGUGGUGGGUUUAGUGUGGAUGUAAGGAAUCUAAAGUUGGAUGAGUAUUUGUAGGAUGUCUACUUUGUACCCAGUGCUGUGCACAAAGACUUGAACUCAGGUUGACACCUUUGCCUAUCAUUUGUGGAGAAAUUUGACAGUGAAGGGAGGAUGGAAAUCUUUCCCACGAGUAUAUCAUUUUGUAAUAUGCCAUGAGGGUCUAUCUUCAGUAAUAUUUUUCAGCAACGCAAUAGCUUUAAAAACCAUCCUCAUACCUCAGAGGUCGUAAGUAUGGAGGAAAACUGGGAGGAAAUGGGAUGUUUGAGCAAAGCCUCAGAGUGACAGAGGUCGUAGUCCUUGUAGUAUGGAGGUGAGUCGAGUGGAGGCAGAGUGUCCUGGGGUUUGGCCUUGCUGGCCUCUCUAGAGGAGGCUGCAUCUGUCACUCAGGCUUGCGCCCCAGGGAACAGCUUAGUUGUGUAUGAACUUUGUUUCUGCUUAUUUAGAAAGUGAAAUGCAGGUUUCUGGAAGGGCAUGGUGGAAUAAUUGUCUACGAUCAACAGAAAUAACUACCCUGUAGUUCCUCAUUCUGUUUGCAAUGGAAAAUAAUGCUGAAUUCAAGCAAUGAUGGAAAAAGGAAGACAAACUUCAGAAAUUCUGAAGCAGGGGAGUUUUAAAAGUAUAAUACAGGAGGAAGAAAGAGCUUAUCUCUCCCUCAUUUUUAUUCUUCCAUGAUGCUGUCUAUCUAUUUUAGAGAUAGGAACUCUGUUGUGUUGGUUAGAAAUUGCAUUUAAAGUCCAUGUGCUUUAUUACAGAGAGGUGGGGGGAGAUGCUCUUCCUGUGGUCUUUGGCAUAAGCAUUUCUGACUUUCCUAGAAUUUACAUAGUAUCCCAUUAAUGCCAACUUUUUUUUUAGAGCAAAUAUCUUUUAUUUAUACUUUAGAUAGACAAAUAGUUAUACAUUUAAUAUUAUAUCUCUAGAUAAGAGAGAAUUUAGUCUUUAAAAAUGGUGGGAAAAAUCAUGAGGGUUUUUUUGGGCACAUUUUCUUCUAAUUUUAAAACAAUUUCUAGUGUUCUUAGGAUUGAUUGCUUAUUUACAUUUUUAUUGUAUCUUCUUUUCUCCCUUGAAAUUUUUACAUGGGUUACCAACACUGUUGGGUUUUGAAAACACCAUUAAAUUGGGAAACCUUUGCUAGGGAUAUAGGUAUUUGGCUCAAGGUUACCUUAGAUUAAGAUCUCAAGAUUAUAUUUUCAGAUUUAAGUUCCUAAUUGCUAAACAACAUCUUUGACAACUGUUCAUUCAUACUCUUCUAGUAGUCACAUAGUUAGGUACAUAUGACAUUAGUUUUUAAAUCAUGUUACAAAUUUUCACCCUGAAAAUUAGUGUGUUUAGAUUUCUAAGGGGAUAUUUUAUCAUUUAGUUGGAUAUAUACUCAUGUUGAUAUAGGUCAAAUGAACAUGUACUUUUUGGUGUUGGAAAUAAGUACAGGAUUUAAUACUGUCUUAUUUUUGGGGAGAGUGUGAGGAGCCCCCAAAUAAAUCUUAUCACAGGACAACUUCUGUAGAGCACAAUCUCUCCCAACACAGUUAUCACAGGAUUUAUGAGGAAUCCUCCGUAAAUACUACAUUUCUCUGCAAAACUAUCAUCUUGUCUUUUUCUGAACCAUAGUCAUGAUUCCUGAGGCUUUAUAUUAGUUCUUUACACUUCGGAAGGCAUAUUUAAUGGAGGGAGGGGAGAAAGAUCUAGAAAGAGAACAGACACCUUCUUUUCUCCUUUCCCUGAGGCUCGGAUUUUUGCUUUGGAGCACCACAUCACUUCUGCCUGUUCACAGGCAUUUACUUCCUCACGAGGUGCAUGUGCCUUCUUGGACUCUAACUUACCACUUUUCUUCUGGUUGGGACUGAUUUUGAGGGCAGUGAGAAUCAUUGUAGACCUCAGACAGCGAUGGAUUUGAAAGUAGGUCCUACUGGUACCAGCACUUUCUUAUGAAUGAACAUAUGCUGGUUAUUUGUUUAGGAGACCCAACAGAAUAGUAUGCCAUUGGUAUAAGGGAGUGUUUAUAAACUCUAAGCAACAAGUGUCUAUAUUUCUUGGGACACAAAGAACUCACAUCCCAAAUGAACACAGUCAUAAAGGCAAACGCCAACUAAAAUUAGGUCCCUUGAUCUAUGUGUCAUGGGUUUUGUUUAGUUACACCCUGUGGUUUAGACCUUCAUAAGAAGUUGGUAAUGAGUUGAAGUUCUUGUUCAGUGGAAAAAAUUGAAAGAGUCUAAAAACACAGGAUACGUUUUAGGGGCAGAGUGGAAGCAGUGGGAAUGAAAUGGUGGUGUUCAGAGGGACCAGUUGUUUUUUUCUCAGUUCUUUAGAACUAAAUAAUAAUAGCAAAAAUGUAGUCUCUCUUCAACAACAAAUCUCAGUAAGAAGGUUGGAAUGUGCCCAUAAGAAUAAUCUUUCAGUCCUCCCAAAGAAAUGGGGCAGGGUCCCUGUGCAGCCUCGGCUCGCUCUCCCACUCUUUCCUCAGCCCACUGCUCCCACCGGCCACCAGGACUCCAAGGGUGUAUCAGCAUCUUGCCCUGCCCGUGUGGGUGGGAACUUGUGAAUAGGUCUCGUACUUCCUCAGGGGGAAAACAGGUAAUAGUGAUGGUUAGAAGAAAGAGGCUGAUUUUAGUCAGAGCCUUUAUACUAGGGUGACGCUACAACCCUGGGGACAGUUCAAACCUGUGAUGUGUAUCUCCUCCAGCAAGCCUGGCUUUGGUUUUCAGCACAGAUUUCACAAAAGUUUCUUCAAGCCACAUUUCACAACUAGCAUGCAGAAUUAAAAUAACUUUCACAAGCUGCUGGGUUAGAUAGAGUUUGUUCAGAUUUCUUUCUUUUUUUUUUUUCUAACUAAUUUUAUUGGUAUAUUUUAGAUAUACAUAAUGAUCACAUUCAUCAUAGGGAAUUUGUACCUGUGUGUAAUACAUCUUGAUUCUUCUUUCAAAUUUCUCAUUAACCACUAAUGUUAGCUCAUAGCAAAGGCAAAGCAUUCUAAACCAGCUGAUGCUGUUGAUAUUUAUGUGUUAAGCUCUUCAAAUGCUAUGAAAGUUCUGGUUGGGAGCUGAGACUCAGAGGUAAAAAUCCAUAUGUUACAACAACCUUUGGUGUGUCAGGUGGGGAAUAAUGCUUCAUGGAAAGUUCUGAACAAGUAGAAUUAAGAGUUAGCAAAAAAUGUUGCAUUGCUGUGAUUCAAAGGUUUAA